UGUUGGCGUCUAUCUGCUUACUACCGUGACUAGUACUAUCGUAAGCCAUCGUUAUACCCGCAGUAAAAAUUUUGCCGGUUUAAGAUAUUGCCGACAGCUAUAAUUUUACAUAAAUUUUCUGGACGUGGAAUGUGGAAACGAUAAUAGGCAUUAUUACUCUGCGUGACAUACUUGGUACCUAGUCUACUCUAAUCUGUAUACUACGAAUAGCUGUUGUUUCUUCUCUAAAAAUCAUUACGAUGAUGUACUUCGAAGACUUCCUUGAAAAACUCAAUUUAUUGCCGCAGGAGAUUCUAGACCACACUUCUGAAGUUGGACAACUGGACCUAAAUGUGAAAACCACCAUGAAUUAUUUAAAAGAAAAUGUAGAUGUUUUGUUUUCAAUUGCUGAUACUAUGAAUACAGAUGACUUGGAUGCUGAAUUUAAAAAAAUUAUGGAAAUUGGCGACAAAGCUCUUAAGCAAUCUGAUGAAAAAAUUCAAUUGGUUAACAAGUUGCAUAAAUUAAUGGCUAAAUAUAAAAAUCAAUUAGAUAUUGAUUUAGAUAAAUUUAAAAUGGAUUUGGAAGCUGAUGAAGUGGGCAUCACUGAACAAAUUGAAAAAAAGGUAGAGGAUGAAUUAUUGAACAGCAGUUUCAGUGAAAAGUUUAUUGCAAUAGAUUCAAAUUCUUCUAGCAGAGGUGGUUUAGAUUUACAAGUCAAUGCAAUUCCUACCAACUCUCAAAUGGAUCAAAUUCCAUUACACUAUACUUUGGAACAUAUGGAAGAUGGUAGCUCAGUAGUUUCAGCUCCUGCGCCCAAAGUUAAGGUUACUCCAAAAAAGGUAUUAUUAAAGUUAGAAAAAUGGUUACCACUAUGCUAUACAUUACAUACCAAGUGGGUUAUUGAACACAACAUAUGUGUUAAAUUUGAAUUCAAUGAUACAUAUAGUUUACGUUUAGUUAUGAAAAAAUAUUGUGAUAAUGAACAUCAUACACCAUAUCGAUCAGUUAAAGGUCCUAAACCAGUGAAACCAAAUACAUCUAUUAAAGCAAACAAUCGGAACAAAACAAAUGCAGUGACUGCAGGUGCAUUAUCGUCAGGAUUGCCUAUUAGCAAUAAAUUACAACGUCCAAAAAAAUAUAAAAAACGUUCGAAGCAAGUAUUAAAUAUAAAAUAA